UCACAGCCAGUUAAUUUAUAGCUGUAAGAAGAAAGCAACAGUACGCAUUUGCAUAGGCAUGACAAGUUUCCCUAAUCUAAAACCUACGGUGCAUGGAACCGUUUAUGGAAGCUCAUAGAAAAUUAUGUGCAUGUUUUGCCUAUGGAUCAUGGUUUGUAAGCUUUUAGACAACUGCUUGCACCUUGGUAUUGGUGUGCUUUUCUUAUGGAAUUUCAAUCUAAGAUGCACUAAGAAAAAUUGAACUUAAGGAGAAGAAUACAUGAAAAUUUUUAUCCCUUGGCCAUUUGCUUUCCCAGUGUUUGUUGCUUUUUCAGAGUCCUGAGUUGAUAUCUUUAUUAAGGAAUACGUUUAAGUUUGCAUUUCGUUCACUUCUCAUCUUCUGAGUUUGAGUAGGCCUUGUGGAUUAUUAUCUGGUGAAAGAUUCAAACUGCAAUGUUUUUGUGCCUAACAGUAAAAUCAAGUACCAUGUUCGGCCAAAGGACUAUUGUCGUAUCAACUAACUUUUGCUAAUUCAUUCUACAGUCUAACCAAUCUCUUCUUAUUCAAUUGGCUCUUUUUAAGUUAUUCUGCCCUUAGGGAAUUGCUGUGUUCAGUUAUGCUCAUUGUCAUCUUUCCAUAAAAGUAACCUUAUCAGGUGCAUGGUUUUUAGAGAGUGGUUGUGGUGGAAUCUCCUUUUCAAUUUGUCAUUUAGAUGUGGGGUGGGUGGCUGGAUGAUUAAAGCGAACUCUCUUUUCUACUAGAUACUGCUGUCAGCAAUAUUUUUUUAAUUUGCUACCACCAAGCCUGUGUUAAUUUGAAGAUCUUACUUCACAGAGUAAGUGGACAAGGUCAUAGAAUUUUGAAUUAGAUCUUUUGGCUGGUUUGGAUGUUGAUAACCAUUGGGGAACAGGAUUGUAGUUUAAUAUAGGCUGUAUGAUAUCUUGUGUUGUGUUGUGUUGUAUAACCUAGAUAUGGUAGGAUGAACUGACAGCUUUAGUUUUUGCUGCUCUGGAUAUGCCAAGUUAAAUUAAAAGAAUUUCACAUCUAUGGUUCUUAGGUAUCCAUGUUUAGUGUGUGAACAGGUUUCUUGGAUAGUGGUUAUUGAUUGUCGUGUGCAGAAUAUUUAAGAACGUCUCAUCAGAUGAGCUUAUAAUAUCCUGCAUUAGGUUCCAAAGAUAUCUACUCUGUGGUGUCGGUUCUCUGCAUGUUAUUAUUCUUACUGAAUAUCAUUUUUAUGCUUUAGAUAUAUGCCUGUUUUGUAUCAAAUAUCACUUUUCCUGGGUUUCCAUGAUAACGGUUGAGCUAUUAGUUGGAGAAAUAAUGUUGAAGAUGUGGCCAUGGCUUGGAUACUAAAGCUCCCCCUGGUAUAAUAACUAGCUAUACUAAUUUUUGGGCUAUAGUUACAGCUUUCAUACAACUUGAAUACUAUUUGUACCUUACAGGGUGUUGUGCUUCUUCAUUAGUAUUUGUUCAGCAGCACAUAUAUACUUGCUUUGUUGUUUUUUUAUUAUUGAACCCUACAUUGUAAUUUGGUAUGUAAAUAAACUUUGAGAAGCUAGUGAUUUAAUUGUUAUUAUUUUAUUGGCUUAAAGGCAAACCAUGUUUGCAAUGAGGAUUGAUGGGUGGUGAAGAUUUUACUUUGUUGUGUGCUUUAAGAGAUUGUUUUCUUAUUUAUUAUAUCCACAGCAAAUACUUGCUCAUUGCAUUAUAAGAUUUCAGAGAAAUAUAAUACAAUUAUUCUAUUUUAUCAAUAAUUUAAAAUCAUCUGAAACGACAAUUACAUCAAUGUAUGUACAUACCUGUGUUUUAACCGAUUCUGUAUAUACUAGUUACUCGAAUCCCAUGAGCUUGUCUUUUUAAAUGUUGACGGGCUUCUUAGCUUAAAUUGACUCAAGAAAGACUGAUGAAGCUGGUUCAAUUGGCUGAUUGGCCAAAAUAUGUAUAGUUGGUUAAAUAUGAAAAAGAACAAGGUGUAUCGUAAGUUGUCAAAGGGCAAAAUAAAUUGUCUUAUUGCGAUAACAUGUAUAAACGGUAAAGAUUGAUGGAAUUGCGAAAAAGGUGGAAACUCUGAGCAUCAUUUUCAUGUUUAAUGUUAAUUUUAAGUGUUGAAACCGUAGAAGUCCAACGUGUAUAUUAUAUGUAAUCAUUGCCAAACACUAGCCCGUCUCUGCAAACUAAGAACUGUCUUCUUAUCUGGGAAAAAUUGGCAGACGAUUUUUGGGUUAGUUCAAAUGGGUCGUAGGCAAAUCGGUCUAAAAUUUGGCCGCUUUGCUCCUUUGAUCCUUUUCUUCUUGGGCGGUCUAUCAUGUUUUAUGGUCUAUCUCUGGAUUUUUGCGACCUAUGAUUCAUCUUUCAGUGAAAGUGGGGGUAAAGGUGAAGAAGAAAUCAAGUGCUGUAGAGGAAUUCAGGAAUUGGAGUUUUGGGGUGAUGCCGUGAAAUGGGGUUCUAAAUUCAAGGUAAAUACCUCAGAGGAAUGUUGCAUGGCUUGUAAGGACAUGUGUCGGGGCGUUGAUGGCCCUUGUCCCUGUAAUUCUUGGGUCUUCUGCGGAGAUAAACAAGGUUGUGGCCCUAGAUUCGGUGAGUGUUGGCUGAAAAAGCAGAAUGACGUAUUGGAGCCUGAACGCCGGGACUCAGUCCCUCCGGUUAUCUGGACUUCUGGACUUGUCUUUGGUGAAGGAGUGGGUAUUGUUGGACUGCAAACUGAGUAUGGGACUCUUCGUGUGAAACUUUUACCUCAAUCUGCCCCAAUUUCUGUUGCUUAUAUCCUGGAGCUAUUGGCAUUACGACAUUGUGCAGGUUGCCAAUUUUAUCGUGCAGAAAGCCGAGGAGCCAGUUGGGAUUCAAAAGGAAAUCACAUUGCAGAUGCUUCAUUUGGCCCGCCAUAUGCUCUACUUCAAGGAACACUGGAAGCUGAUGGUGCCACAUUUAAGGAAAUUCCGGCAGAGUUCUGCCAUUCCAUAACAAGAGGAUCAGUGGCAUGGGUUGGUUCUGGUCCAGAUUUCUUUAUCAGCCUGGCCAAUCAUCAUGAGUGGAAAAAAUCCUACACCGUAUUUGGUUUUGUUCUCCCAGAAGAUAUGGAAGUUGCCGAGAAAAUUGCAAGGCUUCCAGCUAAACCAGAGUUCUGGAGUGAUGUUAGAGUGGCUAUCUUGCGAAAAACGAUUCCAAUUCGGUUUCAAAGAGUCAAGGAAAUUUCUAACUCAAUACUAAAAUGAACACAGAAGCAAAGCUGUCUUAAUAAAAAGCUGCUUUUCACCAUGCUCUUCUUCCAGUACUUUGAUUUUGGUUUUUUUUUUUUUUUUUGUAUUUGAUACCUUAUAAUUACGCUACACUGUAAAUACGAUAAUAAUAUUAUGAGUUGUUUGUAAUUUUAAGAACUCUAAAAGCAAAGCUUGAAGGUCUAUGUAUCUUUAUGUUUACAAGCAAUGAAAUGUCUCUCCUGCUUAACAA